UGCAAGACAGGACGCAUAGUCGAGCACAGUGCUCAGAGCCUACACAUGCGAACAUGGCGGAUGACAAGGAUCCAUUCAGGCAGUUGAAGGAUCUAGCCCUGCUUAAAGGCCAGCUGGAUGACAUUCAGCGACGAGUGGAGACUGAGGUGCAAGCUGGACUUCCACAGGGCGGGAGUCUGCUGGGCUCUCCCUUCCUCAAGGGCUUUCUGGCUGGAUACAUCGUAGCGAAGCUGCGCUCUUCAGCCAUUAUGGGCGUGCUUGUGGGAACCUGCACCGGAAUCUAUGCUGCUCAGAACUUUAAUGUGCCCAACGUUGAGCAGACCACGAAGGGCUAUUUCAGCUCCUUUAGGAAAAGCAAAUAGAAUCGUGGUCACAGCUCAGGGUCGACAAAAAAGUCAACGAAUCAUGCAUCUCAAAUGUCUUUUCCUCACCUCAGCCUUCUAGGAAGCACUGCAUUGAAGACCAUGCAGUUUUCCAGUAUAUUGCAGUGCAGAGUGGCUGACGUAAAUAAUGGGACAUAAUUAAUUUUCCAUAAAAUUGAACUGGGAGCCAAUAUGAAAAGGUUUUUGUUUAGUGAUAAACUGGCAGCUCAGGGAUGAGUUUCCCCAAAGUCUUGUAACAUUGAUAAAACUGAUGUUCUACAAUCACAUCUUUGUUACUCUAACUGAUACUUAAAGUGGUGAUCUGAACAUACCGCUUCAGUCCUUUUUGGAAACCGAUGCCCUAAAGUUUACCAUAAAGCCUUUCUGGUGCUUUAGACAAAGAUUUGGUCAUCUUUCUCCUUUUAAAUGUCCAGGAAUGUCAUAUCUAACAUUCUGGUCAACCUCUACAGAACUCUGCAGUGCAGAGUGGUUGAAUUAUUCAGCGUCCUCCAUGCCACCAGUGUCUAAUUGCAGCAAAGUCAGCUUUGAUUUGUGCCUUUUUUCCUUCCAGCGUAGCCGAUAGGGCGAUGACCUGGCUUGUGAGUGCUGUACACAAUCAGUAUCACCUUUCAAACAGUGGAUCAAAGAGCAAUUAAGCAUUUUUUUGCACUUUAGCCUUGCUGGAUUUGCUGAGAUGGUAGCUAAUAAAGUAUCCAUGAAAUGUUGGCAAAAAAAAAAAAAAAAAAAGGUUAUCAAGGAUCAUACAAAUUGACUGCGAUGCAGUUAAUUUCAGAUGACACUUUGUUAAUCCAGUGCUAAACAGUGCUUUGAUUAUAUCUCAAGAUAUAAAGUAAGCACCUUUUUAAUUUUUUUUUCUUUAUGCUUAGUUGUAAGCUCUUCUUUUGAAUGCCAUACUCUUUUGUCAUUUGGUGUUAUUUAUGUAGAUCUGUUCUGAAAUGGGUACCGUUACAUCAUGUUGCAUGACAUUUUUCAUGUAGUAAGACAUUCAUAUGCAUAAAUAUGUUCAAUGAAUGAAGUGUAUUAUUCGUGUACUUUUUGACUUGCUAUAUAUAACAUUAGGUCGUUGAAUGAAUGAACUCAUUUCUUAGAGAACAUACCAGAUUUAUGGUCCACAUUACGAAUGAAAUAAAAACAAAUUUCUAA